AUGAAAUAAUAUUUUUUGUAAUCUCAUUUGAUAUAUUUGAAAUAUUCUCUUGAAAUUAAUCAAAACAUAAUAAACUAUUUNGAUAAUUUGAUAUCAUAAUAUCAUCCCAAUACUUCUAAAAUACUUAAACGUCAUAAUAUUGAUUUAUUCUUUUUUACUACUGAAUGGUUCUUUCUUAUUUUAUUAUUCUUAGGUUUAUUACAAUGUUCUCAACUGCAUUACCAAUUAAUCUAUUUUAUAGAAUCUUUGAAAUCUUCUUAAUUGAAGGAGAAAAAACGCUUUUUAGAUGUGCAUUAACAAUAAUUCAUUACAAAGAAUAAAAACUUAUUCAAUUAAAUGAUUUUGAAGAAGGACUUUAAUUUCUAAAGUCCUAUCUUGAUUUACAACUAUUAGAUACUAAUUAAUUUAUUAAUAUUAUGUUAAAGAAUUACAAAUUUUCCAAAACUAUCAUUCAACAAUUAGAUAUAAAGUAUAAAAAAAAUUAAAAAUGA